UGUGACAAGGAGUGGCCGCUUGAAGGGAGCAUCUCCGGCGUGCAGUGUGUGUGUGUGUGUGUGUGUGAGAGAGAGAGAGUUCCAGUUUCUUUCGCACCCCCAUCCCUUCUCUCCAUCCACCUCCCUCCUCCUGCGGGAUCCGACAGAAGCCGGACAUCAGAGCGGCGGGAGAUAUAGACGAGGGUCUGAGUCGGUGACUGCAGCCCGCCAGCUCAACCUUCAGAUCUGGAUCCCCUGCUCCUCGUACAUGGACAGAGUCACAUCUCAGCACAUCCUGCCAACAGACACAUCCUAGAUAGUCUAUGCACUUUCCACGGUGAACGGCAAUCGGGAGCUCCGACACACUGGUGGCGGAGGAUGGAAAUGAGGAGCACCAGCCCUUGUCCCUACCCCCGGGACAGCCCGGAGAGAAAGAGCACCAGCCCCGAGGCGCAAGGGCCACCACCCGGUAAGAAGGCCAGACUGGAGCCGAACGGUAGCCCGACGGACGGAGGCAAAGGGAGAUCCAACGGCUCUCCGGUCAAGGCGCUGGGAGGGUCUACCCUGCCAGUGUUUUGUGUGGUGGAGCAGUCAGACAAUCCUGUGGAGAGUGAAGGGAAAGAGGAGCAUGCUGAAUUUGUGCUGAUCCGUAAAGAUGUGUUGUUCAACCAGCUCAUCGAGACAGCCCUAUUAUCACUUGGAUAUUCCCACAGUUCUGCAGCACAGGCUCAAGGCAUGAUCAAGGUUGGAAAGUGGAGCCCUCUGCCUCUGAACUAUCUCACUGAAGCACCAGAUGCAACAGUGGCCGACAUGUUACAGGACGUCCAUCAUGUGGUGACGCUGAAAAUCCAGUUACAAAGCUGUGCAAAGUUUGAGGACCUUCCAGCAGAGCAGUGGAACCAUGCCACGGUUCGGAAUGCGUUGAAGGAACUCCUGAAGGAAAUGAACCAGAGCACCCUGGCCAAAGAAUGCCCUCUCUCUCAGAGCAUGAUUUCCUCCAUCGUGAACAGCACUUACUAUGCCAAUGUGUCAUCAGCCAAGUGCCAGGAGUUUGGAAGGUGGUACAAAAAAUAUAAAAAGAUUAAAGUAGGCAGGAUGGAAAGAGAAAAUCUGUCGGAGUACUGCGUCCUAGGACAGCGACCAUCCCACCUGACGAACAUCAAUCAACUGGCAAACUUGGCAAAAAGCAGUGAGCAGUCUCCGCAUGGCCAGCUCCACCACAGUCCACCCAUCAGAAGCCAAGCUCCGGGCUUGCAACCGAUCAUGAGCCCCAGUCUGUUGUCGCCGCAGCUCAGCCCUCAGCUGGUGAGGCAGCAGCUCGCCAUGGCCCACUUGAUAAACCAGCAGAUCGCCGUCAGCAGGCUGCUGGCCCACCAGCACCCCCAGUCCAUAAACCAACAGUUCCUCAAUCACCCACCCAUCCCCAGGGCCGUGAAGCCCACCGAGCCCGCCAGCUCCUCGGUGGAGGUCGCCCCAGAGAUCUACCAACAAGUCCGGGACGAGCUGAAGAGAGCCAGCGUAUCACAAGCUGUGUUUGCGCGAGUUGCCUUCAACCGUACACAGGGCUUGCUAUCAGAGAUCCUCCGAAAGGAGGAAGAUCCUAGAACAGCAUCCCAGUCACUUCUUGUAAAUCUAAGAGCCAUGCAGAAUUUCCUGAACCUUCCUGAGGCAGAGCGUGACCGAAUCUACCAGGAGGAGAGAGAACGAAGCAUGAACCCAAACAUCUCCAUGGUCUCGCCUUCAGCAGGCAGCCCAGGCUCUUCUCGAACCUCUCAGGCCAAGACCUCUGCGUCAACACCAGAUCUUCUUGUUAAGGUGGAGAGCACGAACCUGAACAUCACGUCAGCCAUUUACGAGGAGAUCCAGCAGGAGAUGAAACGGGCCAAGGUGUCUCAAGCAUUGUUUGCAAAAGUGGCAGCAAAUAAAAGUCAGGGAUGGUUAUGUGAGCUGCUCCGCUGGAAAGAAAACCCGACUCCAGAGAACAGAACCUUGUGGGAAAACCUGUGCACUAUCCUACGCUUCCUGAGCCUUCCUCAAGCCGAGAGGGAUAUUGUCUAUGAGGAGGAAUCACGGCACCAUCACAAUGAACGUUUACAGCAUGUUGUCCAACUGUCCCCAGAACCUAUCCAGGCACUGCACAGACAGCAAUCCCAGUCUGCGAAGGAGACUUCACCCCCACGAGAGGAGAAAGGCACUCAGCCACAAGCUGCUGCCGAGGAUAACUGUGCCAAAAAACCCAGGUCACGUACUAAGAUCUCCGUGGAGGCACUGGGCAUCCUUCAGAGCUUUAUCCAUGACGUGGGCUUGUACCCUGACCAGGAGGCCAUCCAGACCCUUUCUGCCCAGCUGGAUUUGCCCAAGCACACCAUUAUCAAAUUUUUUCAGAACCAGCGAUAUCAUGUUAAGCAUCAUGGUAAAUUAAAAGAGCACUUGGGAACCACAAUAGAUGUUGCGGAAUAUAAGGAUGAAGAGCUGCUUACGGAGCCGGAGGAGAACGACAGCGAGGAAGGCUCUGAGAUGUACACCAUGGAGGCGGGAGAGGAAAACCUCAGCAAAACCAAAGCCAAACCUCCAGAGCUCGACCAGAAAUAAUGUGAAACACCAGCGAAUGCAUACCUACAUAAAAGCUUGUUGACAGUUCAAUGUGCAGCUUUGUGUUAUGCAUUAAGUGCAUUUGGUGUAUAGCAGUAUUCAAUAUG